AUGGCGCCAACAAAGACACUGCCUCCCCGGCUGGCCGAUCUUACGGUCCGGCAGGCGGCCGGCGUAACCGUCACCGUCACCGUCACCGUCACCGUCACCGCCCAGAUCAACAGCGACGGCGGCGGCUCUAGCUCCAGCUUCCUGAGCGGCGGCGAGAUCGCUGGCAUCGUCAUCGGCACCAUCGGAUGGUACGACGACGAACCCACAGUCCGCCGCUCACGGUCCCGGAGCCAUUCCCACUCGCAACAGCGCCACCAUCACCACCACCAUCGCCGCGGGUCCGGUAUGGUUCUCGAGGAGAAGGACGUGGCAUACGCCCCGCGCCGGCCCUCAGCCACGUACGUGUACCCUGAGAGACGGCCACGAUCCACGGGAAGGAGCCGCUCUAGGUCAGAUUCCGAGAGGUACUACACGAGUUAUUAG